ACCUGCUUCUCCCUAAAACGACUCCCGCAUUCUUCCUCUCAUAAUGUCUGCGUGCGCAACGCUGUAAGCUUCGAAGGACGCAAAACAAGAGAGAGAGAGAAAGAAAGAGAGAGAGAGAGAGCUGGGGAGUUCGGAUCUCAACCCUGCGAUCGAAUCUGGUAUAAAGAAGUGUGCGAAGUCCGUGGGCGGUUCCCCCUGCGGCAUUGGGUGAUUGAACUGGCGGGGCGGAGGUUUUCGUUUGAAGCUUCGGCGGUGGAAGAAGCUAAGAAGGGGAGAAAGUGAGGAGAGGAAAAAGCUCCGUCCGAGGUAUCGUCUUGAAGGUGCACGAGAAGCAACUCAUAGUACACAAGCAUGAAAUGCCUUUAUUAGGCAACUUAAUGUUCCUUUGAUUUCUUGCAAGUUGGACGGUGUGAAGCUUAAGAAGUCUCCUGACACUCAGUUGAUAGUAAGAUAACAAUUUCAGGCUUUGCAUUGAAAAUUUAUGCUCAAAGCCUUGGACACAAGUUCAUAUUCCAAGCACCACGGUCUGAAGAGGUUCUAAUUGAUUCAAGAUCUUCUCAAAUGGGUACCAAAGAAAAUGGACAUGAAAGAGAUGAUCAUUUGAGUGACGUGGAAAAAGAAGUCAAACAGGACAAGGAAGGAGAACCAGAUUAUGAUCCUGCAAGAGAUUCUCUUUCAUCUCAAGGGGAGGCUCAGAGUAAUGAAGAUAACAAAGUAAAAAGAGUUUCAAGGGUUCCCAAAAAGCUCAUGAAAAAGGAAUCAGCAGAAAAUCGUCCCUGUACAUCAAGAGGCAGUACCAAUCGUCCAGAAUCCAACAAACUGCAAUUUAAAACAUUAAAUAAUAAUCCAAGGAAAUCUCAAAAACCAAAUGGAGCUGCUUCAACAACUAAAAACAUCAAUAAUAAGAAACCAGAGAAUGUGAAGGUUCCUUCAAGGCCUUCGUCAGAUUUAUCUGAAGAAACUGAUGAUAAGACCAUUGAAGAGGUUAAAGAGAUAGAUGUCUUGGAUGAGGCUCCAAAUGGCGAUCAGAGUGUUGGAACAGAUGAAGAAACAGUUGAUAUGGAAGAGAAUAAUCUAGAUGAUGACAGAGCUAGUACAUAUCAAAAAAUUGAGGAGAUGGAACAGAGGAUUGAGAAACUCGAGGAGGAGCUCAGAGAAGUAGCUGCUCUUGAGAUUUCUCUCUAUUCCAUGGUACCAGAGCAUGGAAGUUCAGCUCAUAAGGUCCACACACCUGCCCGUCGUCUUUCAAGACUAUAUAUUCAUGCUUGCAAGCAUUUGUCUCAGGACAAGAGGGCCACUGUUGCAAAAAACACAGUGUCGGGCCUUGUAUUGAUUGCCAAAUCAUGCGGUAAUGAUGUUCCAAGGUUGACUUUCUGGCUAUCAAACACAGUUGUACUGAGAGAGAUAAUAUCUCAAACGUUUGGCAUUGCGUCCUACGUAAAUCCAACCAUGAGGGCUUUUGACUCAAACGGUGUUGCAAAGAAAGAUGAAGGGAAAUCGACCCCACUAAAAUGGAAGAUCAUUGCUGGAAACAAACAAGGAAAAAGUUUUGGCUUAAUGCAGCAAAUUGAUGACUGGCAAGAGACUAGUACAUUUACAGCUGCACUGGAAAAGAUCGAAUCUUGGAUCUUCUCCCGAAUUGUCGAAUCAGUAUGGUGGCAGACAUUGACUCCGCACAUGCAAUCUCCAGUUGAAGAGAUGUACACAACUAAAGGAUAUGGAAGAUUGUUGGGUCCUGCUCUGGGUGAUCAACAGCAAGGCAGUUUUUCAGUUAACCUGUGGAAAAGUGCUUUUCAUGAUGCCUUUACCAGACUCUGCCCAGUUCGUGCUGGGGGACAUGAGUGUGGCUGUUUACCCGUAUUGGCGAGAAUGGUGAUGGAACAAUGUGUAUCCAGAUUAGAUGUUGCCAUGUUUAAUGCCAUUCUGCGUGAAUCAGCCAACGAAAUACCAACAGAUCCUGUAUCAGAUCCAAUUAUUGAUCCAAAAGUUCUCCCAAUUCCAGCUGGGGAUUUGAGUUUUGGAUCUGGUGCACAACUCAAAAAUUCUAUUGGAAAUUGGUCCAGAUGGUUGACAGAUCUUUUUGGUAUAGAUGCUGAUGAUUCCAUCAAGGAUGGUCAGGUUGCAGGUGAGGAUGAUGACAGAAGGGAAGGGACUCCUGGAUCAAAAUCUUUUUGUCUACUUAAUGAGUUGAGUGACCUUUUAAUGCUCCCCAAGGACAUGCUUCUUGAAAGGGUCGUCAGAAAAGAGGUCUGUCCUUCAAUUGAUCUACCCUUAAUUACACGGAUACUCUGCAACUUCACACCCGAUGAAUUCUGUCCAGAUCCUGUCCCAGGUAUUGUCCUGGAGGAGCUGAAUUCUGAGAGCCUUCUGGAACGUCGGCUAUCUGACAAGGACCUGGCCAGCAGCUUCCCACGCGCUGCUGCUCCUGUUGUCUAUUCACCCCCUUCACCAGCUGAUGUAGCAGAGAAGGUGGGUGAUGCAAGUGGGAAAGCCGAGUUGGACCGGAAGGCAUCAAUGGUCCAGAGGAAGGGAUACACCAGUGAUGAGGAACUAUAUCAUUUAGAUUCCCCGCUCGCAUCCAUCAUUGACAAAACUCCUCCGGUGUCCCCAAUUCUCAGAGAUGGAACCCAGAAAGAAAGUAAACAAGCCAAUGCAAGGUACAAACUCCUCAGAGAAGUGUGGUCUGUGUGAAUGUGAUUGUAGGACUUUUUAUGAAUCUCCACUUUGCAAAAAGAGGGCGUUACCAACAACAGAGGAGAAUUUAUGCACAAAAGGCAACAUAUCAAGGGCAACACAGUAUUGAGAAAGGAAGAUCUUAUUACCAAAAAAAAGGUCAAUAUUGUUCUCUCCAUCUGUUCAGGUGGCAAACCAAAAGAAAGGAUAAUACAUUGUUGAUUUUUGUUCAGAAGAUUGCCCCUAGCAUUUACGUUGUAUCACAUUCCAGUUUGUUCUUUGCGACGAACAUGCAUACGGAUGAAGUUCAGACUGAUGAACAUGUUUGUUAUCUUUGUAUAGCCCAUUAUACUUCGGGACUAGAAGUGCCGAAAUCAAGGCAGACGAAUUAUUGGAUGCACCGAAUUCUGCAGCCUUU